AUGGCAGCUCUCGCCAGCUCUCUCAUUAGACAGAAACGGGCGGUCAAGGAGGACCCAGGCAACCGACCGGUAGCCAACAAGCGAAAGCCCUGUCCCAAGAGCAACAAGUCCCUGUGCCAGAAACAGAUCCUGGUCCUGAUCUCCAAAGUUCGACUAUGUGGGGGUCGAAAGAGUCGAACCGACAAAAGACCGGAGCCGCAGCUGAAAGGCAUUGUUACCCGGCUAUACAGCCAACACGGAUACUACCUGCAGAUGCAGCCUGACGGCACCAUGGACAGCACAAGGGAUGAAAGCAGCUCAUUUUCACAGUUCAACUUGAUUCCAGUGGGACUGCGGAUCGUGGCGAUCCAGGGGGCAAAGACAGGGCUGUACCUCGCCAUGAAUAGUGAAGGAUACCUCUACACCUCGGAGCACUUCACUCCAGAGUGUAAGUUCAAGGAGAGCGUGUUUGAGAACUACUAUGUUACAUACUCCUCCAUGCUGUACCGCCAGACCCAGUCUGGCCGCUCCUGGUAUAUCGGUAUCAAUCGUGACGGCCAGGUCAUGAAAGGCAACCGGGUAAAGAAGAACAAAGGAGCUGCACACUUCCUGCCUAAAGUUAUAGAGGUUGCGAUGUAUAAGGAGCCGUCUCUACAUGAGCUCGCCGCUGAACCGGUGAGCCCUCCUCGAAAGACGGUCAAGACGUCUGAUUCGCCUUCUCUCAAGCCUUCUCUGAAGAAUGGACGGAAAGAAGCCCCCAAGGCUGACGCCUCAUAG